AACACUAGUGCUUCAGAAAAAAAUCCAUCAGCUGUUCGAAAUAGUAAUUUUUUUUGUAAAAAGUUUUUGCUGAAAAACUAAAACAGACGCUGCUUUAGUUUACCAUGAACUUGACUGCAUGUACCGCGUAAUCCGUAGAUCAACGGGAAUCGCGUACUACGAUGAAUCUACGGCCGCGAUGCCGCAAGUGGCUGCCACUGGCCACUCAGCAACUUCGACUGCGGAACCUGGCGCGAAUUCAGGGAUUCAAUAUUGUGUCUGGGGUGCAGAAAAAGUCGUUGGGGCAGGAGGAGCCAGAAGAUGUGCUCCUCUACUACACAUUACACACAGACAAGGCCAGUAAAGCGUUCUACACGAGCGAAAAGCUGCCGCAGCGCCACCAGCAGCAAAAGUGGGCGGAGAUCUGUACAGAUGAUGAGGUUUGGAGGAAGACUAAUGCACAGUGUGUGUGCGUCAAAGUGUGGAAGUACUUUCCGACGGAGAGAAAAGAUGGCCAACCAAUUGAGACUGACCACAGGACUACGGAGAUGUGUGGAAGGGCUCAACUAAGGCCAAACAGGCUGCCGCGUCCCCCCGAACUGCUUUUUAGCUGGGGCGUAUACUUCUCCGGCCUCAUACCACUGUCACCCCUUACCCUGUCCCAGUGUGGAACUAAUUGUUUGGUUUUCCAAUUAAAUGGUGAGCAAUUCGCCUCCCCGUCGAUGAUAAGCGAACAGGGCUUGCAGUCUCAGCUGCAUUUGCACUAUCAGAUUUAUGCGGCGGCCGACGAGCUGGAGGAGCCGCAGGAUGCUGGUAUCAAUUCGCCAGUUGUCAGCCGCAGUUCCAGUCCUGUGCUACGGAUGAGUACGAUGCGUCAUGCCCAGAUAAAGUGCCAACAGCAGGAGAUUAGGCACAGUAACAACCUGGACAAACUGCUUAUGUUGCAACGCUUGCAGCGUUUACAUCAGCAGAAGAUGCGCCAAAUAUCCGAUGUUUGCCGGGAGAUUGCCCGGCUCAGUGUGCACUGUGUAACCAAAAAUGAGUUGCGCCUGAAACCCCGCACCACUUCGCUGUCCGGCGAUUACUCUGCCCAUCAUCACCAUUCCAUGGGCCGUGCCCUUAGUGUAUUGCUCGCCGAGCAACAGCAAAUAGCGCCACUUACGCUUUACAAUGCCCAGCAGCUAACAAGACGGAUCGAAGCGCUUAGCGCCAAACAACGAUUGCUUAAGGAUGAGCGGGAGACCUUUCGUCAGCGCAACGAACGUGCCCGAAAACGCCUGGAGGAAAUGAGAGAACAGCGUGAAGCUCUUCAGCAACAGCUCCACAACCAACGACUUCGACUGGAGCAGGAACGCCUUGAGCUACGCACACUGGCACCCCAGCAUUUGGAACACCGUGAUCAAAAAAGGCAUAUAGUUCGGCAGGUGGAGCGUCGAAUGUCCACUUUGGUGUUGGAGUUGCAGGAGAUUUACAACAUUCAGAAUGUAAGCGGACAGCAGCUUAGCAUAUGCGGUAUCGCCUUUCCCCACAUGGAACAAUAUACAAGCGAUUCCCGCCAGGCAGCUAAUGCACAGUUAAUGGAAAACGUCUCGCCGCUGGCGGUGAGUGCAGCCCUAGGCUAUGUUGCCCACUUGGUGCAAAUGUUAGCCAUUAUCAUGGAUCGGCCGUUGAGAAACCGAAUUCUUUAUGAGCCAUCAAGGGCAAGGAUUGUGGAUGAUAUCAAGGAGUUGACAUACACCACCAGGGAAUUCCCCUUGUACACUCGCUCUAUUUUGCCGUCGCAACAAACCAAGUAUGCCAUCUAUUUGCUGCGCCAAAACGUUUCUCAGCUGUGUUUUGACAUCACCGGUCACUGCGAUUUGCGGAAUACGUUUGCCAACCUGCUGCACCUUUUCAGCACACUUCGUUACAUCGAACGAACACAAAGGGAUGAGGGCGAUGAGCUGGAUGGACGUGCAGGCGGCGAGGCGCGUUUGGUCAACGGACUGACUGCUCCGCACCUGUCGCAGUCACAUUCGUCUGUGGACAUGAACCACGUGCCACUGCCGACAAGCGUCAAUGCAGUCAAGGAUGCACUACUCCAGCAGCUGUUACCGCCGGGUGUGAGUCAAGCACUGGCCAUCGAGGGCUAUGCGUCAACACAACGCAUUUGCCGUUCGGUUGGCUCUUAUUCGGAUGGCGAGGACGAGUUUCGACCCCGACUAGAACAUAGCUAUUCCAACUCUGACUCUAACAUAACGUUGCAGGUGGAGCGUAGCUGAGCAAUUGUAAGCUUUGAAGCGUUUAUAACUAUAAUCCAACAAAUGUUCUUCUUAUGGGGUGUUCCCGUAUUAGUUGGAAAUCAUAUGUAUAAUUUUAAAUUAUCCAAGUCAAUGGUAAGGCAUAUGCAUAACGCGGUCCAUUGAGGGCAUAUUAUUUUUAGCUGUUUAAGAUCUCUAUGUAAAUUCCCGUUUAUUGUUUGUUUGCU